AUGCCGCCACCGGCAGACACCGUCAAGGUGGCCAUUGAGUGGCCGGGGGCCUUCCCUAAGCUCAUGGAGAUAGACCAGAAAAAGCCUCUUUCGGCGAUUAUUAAAGAAGUGUGUGAGGGGUGGUCUUUGGGGAACCAUGAAACCUUUGCUCUGCAGAUUGCCGACGCAACGAAUUUCUAUAUCACAGAAAAGAAUCGCAAUGACAUCAAAAACGGCUCCAUCCUGCGCCUCACCACUUCUCCUUACCAGACGGCCCUCCAGCUUCAUGAACGGAUUCAGUCAUCCAGCAUGGAUGCAAAGCUGGAGGCGCUGAAAGACCUGGCCAACGCAUCCCGGGACAUCACCUUCGCGCAGGAGUUCAUCAACCUGGACGGCAUCUCGCUGCUCACUCAGAUGGUCGAGAGCGGGACUGAGCGCUAUCAGAAACUUCAGAAGAUUAUGAAGCCAUGUUUCGGUGACCUGCUGUCCUUCACCCUGACGGCCUUUGUGGAGUUGAUGGACCAUGGGAUUGUCUCCUGGGACACGUUUUCUGUGGCCUUUAUCAAAAAGAUCGCCAGCUAUGUGAACAAGACAGCCAUGGACACCGCAGUGCUGCAGCGCUCCCUGGCCAUCCUGGAGUCCAUGGUGCUCAACAGUCAGGAUCUUUACCACAAGGUGGCGCAAGAGAUCACAAUUGGACAGCUCAUCCCACAUCUUCAGGGGACUGAUCAAGACAUUCAGACCUACACCAUCGCCGUUAUCAACGCCCUGUUCCUUAAAGCUCCAGAGGAGAAGAGACAGUUUGAUGAGAACAUUGUGGACAUCCUAAAUUGUCCCCUGACAGAGAUGGCCCACAUUCUAGCUCAGAAGCAGCUACGCUCCAUCAUUCUCACUAAUGUCAUCCGGAGCCCCACACCCAUUAAUGAUGAGAUGGCACAUCAGCUGUACGUGCUGCAGGUGCUCAACUUCAACCUGCUUGAGGACCGCAUGAUGACCAAGAUGGAUCCUCAGGACCAGGCCCAGAGAGACAUCAUCUUUGAGCUUCGGAGAAUUGCCUUCGACGUGGAGUGCGAGCCCAACAACGGCGGCAGCAUCGAGAAACGCAAAUCCAUGUACACCCGAGACUACAAAAAGCUCGGCUUCAUUAAUCAUGUCAAUCCAGCCGUGGAUUUUACCCAGAUUCCUCCAGGCAUGCUGGCUCUCGAUAACAUGCUUUACUUUGCCAAACACCACCAGGAUGCUUACAUCAGGAUUGUUCUGGAGAACAGCAGCAGGGAAGACAAGCACGAAUGUCCGUUCGGCCGCAGCAGCAUCGAACUGACAAAGAUGCUCUGCGAGAUCCUGAAAGUCGGCGAGCUCCCCAGUGAAAACUGUCAUGACUUCCACCCCAUGUUCUUCACCCAUGAUCGCUCCUUCGAGGAAUUCUUCUGCAUCUGCAUCCAGCUGCUCAACAAGACCUGGAAGGAGAUGAGGGCCACAAGUGAGGACUUUAACAAGGUAAUGCAGGUGGUGAGAGAGCAGAUCAUGCGAGCGCUCUCUCUCAAGCCUAAUUCCUUGGACCAGUUCAAGAGUCGCCUGCAGAACCUGAGCUACACAGAAAUCCUGAAGAUACGCCAGUCGGAGAGGAUGAAUCAGGAAGACUUCCAGUCCCGGCCCAUCCUGGAGCUGAGGGAAAAGAUCCAGCCGGAGAUCAUGGAGCUGAUCAAACAGCAGAGGCUCAACCGCUUGUGCGAGGGAACCUGCUUUAGGAAAAUCAGCAGUCGCAGAAGGCAAGAUAAGUUCUGGUACUGCCGGCUGUCUCCGAAUCAUAAAGUCCUGCACUAUGGAGAUCUCGAAGAGAGCCCUCAGGGAGAGGUCCCCCAUGACUCUUUACAGGACAAAUUGCCUGUAGCUGAUAUCAAAGCUGUUAUCACUGGCAAAGACUGUCCUCACAUGAAGGAAAAAGGAGCCCUCAAGCAAAACAAGGAGGUGUUAGAGCUGGCCUUCUCUGUCCUCUACGAGUCGGAUGAAUACUUGAACUUCAUCGCUCCUGACAAGCAUGAGUACUGCGUGUGGACCGACGGUCUCAACGCUCUCCUGGGAAAGGAGAUGACCAGCGACUACACCAAAACCGACAUGGACACCCUGCUCUCCAUGGAGAUGAAGCUUCGCCUGCUGGAUCUAGAAAACAUCCAGAUUCCCGAGGCGCCUCCCCCGAUUCCCAAAGAACCUAGCAACUAUGACUUUGUUUACGACUGUAACUAGACCCGCACCGCUACCCUGAAAGCCUGAACCCUCCCCCCCCCACCCCCAAAACUCUGUCCGCACCGUCUGCAUUCACUGGACCAGUCGCCCCCCUCCGUUUUUCUCAAAAACUGGAGGAACAGCAAAGAACAAGCGAGGGAUGUUAAAUAUGAUGAACUCUGGGCGAGCUGUUGCUUCUUAUUUGAGCUUCACAAGAGGAAAAAUGGUAAAUAUUGAUGUUGAUGUUUUGAGGAUCAGUGGCGAGUCAUCGGGAUGGAGAAAGGAAGACAGGGAGCGUUCGUUUGUUUCAUCUCCACAUCGCUGCCAUCGCUUUCCUCCUGUGACCGAUGUUUCCCAACUUUCUCUUUUUCUUCCUUCCCGCCCAGGCACUCGCUGUCUUCUUGCUUCUGUAGACAAACGCUUUGAAAUGACAUACUGUUCACCUCCCUUGUUGUCUUUGCUUUGUUCUUCUUCUUCUUCUUUUUUUUUUUUUUUCCUCAGGGUCGUUUUUAUUUUUAUUUUUUUGUGAGGAGGGGAAAAGAAUGCAGGUAUCAGGAUGACAAUUUUCUAGUUUAAGAGCCGAAGAGACAUAAAUGAGGGAAUCUCUUCUCUUCUCUUUUAUUUUUAUUUUUUUUUUUUUUUUGUCACCUUGUCAGAAGUAUUUCUUUUCUGUCACAUUCCCACUUCCUUUGUGGCAGCUAAAUGGAGGCUGGAUUGCACCCAACAGACCCAUAAUUUGUUUAAAUACUUCAUUGUCUCGGCUCAGUCUCACUUUACACGUACUGAAGACUGUUCAACUAAGGUGAUCCUCAAAAAUCCAACCACUUUACCACCGUAUUUUUAUAUACAUAUUGAUUUUAUUCCAAAAUCCGCAGCUCAUUACUUACUGUACAUAAAUACACAGAGUGGCAACGCCAUGAAACAGCUGGAAAAGAGUCGCCACUGUUAAAAAAAACACACACACACUCUCUCUUGUCUCUCCCUAGUUUGAAUCUUUUUUUUUUUUUUUUUUGGUUUGUUUUAAAGACUGCUGUAAACAACAUUCCUAAGCAAUAUUGGAGCUUUUGUUUUGUCAUUUGUAAGAUGAUUAUCGUUUUAGUAAUUUUAAAAUUGUGAACAGCCUGGUUGUAGGUGUUUAGUAAAGGGAACAUUACUUUUCCGUUUCUCUCUCUCUCUCUCUCUCUGUUUAUCAGACUAUGAAGGCCACAAAGGUGAGAGUUUAUGUAUUUUUUUAAUUUAAAAAAAAA